AUUUUUUUCUCUCUUCAGUUUAUGGUCGUAGCCGAAGUUUCAAUUGCGGAAGAAAACCUGCUAUGCAUACCAUUCUCUCUCAGCGAAGUACUUGACUCAAUCAUGAAUGGCGCGGUGCUUUUGGAAAAGAGUAAUCUCGAGUCGUAAGAGACACGAAGCGUCGAUCGCUUUAUUAAACUUCCACGUGAUUGCAAGAACCUGUUGAUGCCUAAGGGGUGUACAUGACAGAGCCGCAACAACAGCAGCCUGCUGAUGGGAAUACCCUUUGCUGUUCCAUGCAAUGCUAACGAUUUGUUGGUUAUAGAGAAUGAUUGAAAUAAUCGUGAAAAAUAGAAGCUUUGGAGAUAUUAAAACGUACCGACCGAUAUGCCGGUCUGGGAUCUCUUGGAAUACUAAUUACUUUUCAGUCGUAAGUAAGUUGCCGGCGGAAUAGGUUAAACUUGCGUUUUCUCAGUUUAGAGACAAGGUAAAAACGCAUUCACAUAGAUUUGAGAGUGAUGAGUUUAGGAUUCUGUCCAAAAAGUGUACUACGAUGGUUGUUUAUAUUGAAUUGUGCUAUCCAUUAUGUUUUUACCGAGCGCCAUGAGGGUGAAUCACUGUUCCUUCCAGAUGAACGAACUUCGUUAGAUGACUGCCACCUACGGUUCUACCAGUUUAACCUAGGUGGAGGGGGUGGAAUCGGCGGGCUUACCGCGACCCAGUUUGAGUAUGCCCAUAUGGGUGCCAUUGGGUGGAUCCAGCCGGAGGAUGGCAAAAUCCGAUGGCAAUGUGGUGGAUCUCUGAUUUGGGACAACUUUGUCCUAACGGCGGCCCAUUGCGUUGUGGAUUCAAAAAAUACUCCACCGGAUGUGGUCAGAUUUGGACAUUUGGAUAUUUUUUCACCGGUUGGUGACGAGUUUGCACAACAGUUGAAAAUAGCGGAAAUUAUUCGACAUCCGAGUCAUAGAUUCUCCGGUCACUACCACGAUGUGGCAUUGAUACGGCUGGAAAAGAACGUCACAAUAAAUAAAGCGGUGCUUCCUGCCUGUUUAUGGCUAGAUGAUGAGGUGAGGUUCAAACGGAUUCAUGCCACUGGAUGGGGUAAUGUAGGAUUCGUUGGAGAACAAUCGCCGGUUUUGUUGAAGAUGGAGCUUGAUCCAAUUUCACUCGAAGAAUGUGGUAAAGUCUAUAAUAAGGGCACUACCAGAAAGCUAAGUCGAGGUUUGGCAGAUCAUCAUAUUUGUGCGUUUCAUCCUAUAGCCGAUACAUGUGAGGGUGAUUCCGGUGGACCUUUGCAAGUUAAGCUGGUGCACAAUAUGCGUCAGACACCGUUCAUCAUUGGUGUUACCUCGUUUGGGUUAAUCUGCGGAACGUCAACUCCUGGCGUCUACACUCGAGUAGCUAGCUACCACCAAUGGAUCGUAGACACCAUGCGUCAGCGUGGAGCAGCAGUAGAUGAAACCACGUACAACUCAACAACGUGUGCUCACCGAUACGUGCAGCAUCGUGAGUUCUACGAAGGCGUUGUCAGGUACCGGGAAGACGGCGGAUCGGUUGAAUUGAACGUCUUCAAUUACAUGUUUUAUUGGAACUUUGGAACGCCCUGGGAACUGGCGAAACUCGGAUGGUCCAAAGGGAGUGGACGUAAUAAUUGCUACGGUGUGAUUGUUGAUGAAGAUACGGUGCUGACUGUGGCAGAUUGCGCAGAAUCCGAUGGAAUUAUGGUGGAUCAGUUGGUUGAGCCAGCGACUGUUAACAUUGCGAGGGUGCACAUCCACCCACAUUACAGGAAAGGAUCAAGUUAUAAUAAUAUUGCGAUUUUGAAAUUGAGUUCAUUGUUGGACUUCGCGAACCGAAUUUCACCUACCUGCAUCUGGAUAGAACAAAAGUGGCCGUUUCGUGAUGCUUCGGUCCUGGGUACCGGUCGAAGGGAUCUAGUUCAAGCUGUGUAUCCCGAUGGUGAUUUUGAAUUAGAUCCCACCUACGGAUACAUUAGAGUAAAUAGCGUUAUAAGAAAUAGUACCAGCUGCAUGGUUGGCGAUCGUGAACAAUCCAAAGUUGCAAAAGGAAUCACAGAGGAGCUAAUUUGCUCCGGAUAUGACUUCUACAUUUUGCCGGAAAUGUGCAACCUGGUAGUUGGGGCUGGUAUAAAAAGAGGAAUGUGGAGAGUAGAGCGAGAUUACUCAUUUACCCUGGGCUUGUCCCAGUUUGGACGAGAUUGUGGCGCCGGAGAGCAUAUGAUCGCAACUCGCCUGGCGAGUCAUGCAGAAUGGUUGCAAUCAAUUCUGUUACCAAAAGAGCGAAAUUCCGGUAACAAUGUACAAUUUUUGGACACUGAUUUGCAUGAGGAUGAUCAAUGCGAGACUAACUCCAAUGCACCAGGAAAAUGUGUCAAAAUUGAGGAAUGCUCAGACUACUGGAAACAUGUGGUGCCCCGAGGAGGAGCGACGUUCUGUUCCACCAGCAAUGUAAUCUGUUGCCCUACUCCGGUAAUCGAUGGCCAAAAUGCUCAAAACGGUAGGACUGAACUCGAACGGUGUCCAACUGUGCAACGUGAUUUGAAACCACUUACUGAUAAUGGAUCACUGGUUCAAAUCGGAUUCGACGCUAAGGAUAGGUACGAUUUUCGUUGCGUGGGAUCUAUAAUCACUACACAGCUUAUUCUAACUUCGGCCAGUUGCUUCGACGGUAAAUUGCCACUUGUUGUACGUCUCUCAGUCAACAAUACAAUAGUACCAAUACGAGCGAAAGUUCAACAUAAAAACUACAAUGCAACGGACAAGUCUAAUGACGUGGCUAUUAUACAACUGAUGAAUCCUCUCGUUUGGGACUCUUACAUUUUUCCAACAUGUCUUUGGAUGAAUCAAACGCAUACGCCUCUGGUCAUGAGAUUGAUUCAACUGGACGGAGACUCAUUCUCCUCCAAAUUCAUGAUACCUCAGUACAACGUCGACUGUCAACGGGCACAUCCUUUCCGGUUGCAGAGAUCGCAACUAUGUACUAGAGAACCGUACUUUGGUAAAACAUGUGCCAUGGCGGGUGAUGUGCUGCGAUCGAAUAGCGAAGAUGACAUUUCCUAUUUGGUGGGAUUGGCCCAGCCAAGCGGGGAUUGUAAAUCACGGCAGUAUAUCACUCUGACUAGGAUUUCCCAGCAGUUGGAGUGGAUUAAACAGGCUCUGGGUGCCAACUGUUGGAGUAUUUAGGAGGCACUCUUUUAAUUACAAGUAUUACUACCAAUUUAAAUUAAAUACUCGAGUGAUGAACUGUACAGUUGGAAUAAACGUAUUUUUCAAAAUGUGUAUAUAA